CCCUCAGCUGUUCUGUGGACUGUCUCUCGAUCACCAUGCGUGAAAUUGUACAUCUGCAAAUUGGACAAUGCGGCAACCAGAUCGGCUCCAAGUUCUGGGAAGUAAUCAGUGAAGAACAUGGCAUAAAUGCAACAGGCCUCUACGAAGGAGACAGCAAUACACAACUGGAGAGGCUCAACGUCUACUUUAAUGAGGCACACGGUGGUAAAUAUGUCCCCAGGGCGUUGCUUGUGGACCUGGAGCCCGGCACUAUGGACAGUGUCAGAGGAAGUCGCAUUGGUGCUCUUUUCAGACCAGACAAUUUCAUCCACGGGAACUCAGGAGCUGGAAACAACUGGGCAAAGGGCCACUACACAGAGGGAGCGGAGUUGGUGGAGUAUGUCAUGGACCGGGUCAGGAACGAGAGUGAAAGCUGUGAUUGCCUCCAAGGCUUUCAGCUGGUUCACUCGCUGGGGGGAGGCACAGGCUCCGGCAUGGGUACCCUCCUCAUCAAUAAGAUAAGAGAGGACUACCCAGACCGUAUCAUGAAUACCUUUAGCAUCAUGCCUUCUCCUAAAGUCUCAGACACAGUGGUGGAGCCUUAUAAUGCUACACUCUCGGUGCAYCAGCUCUUAGAAAACACAGACGAGACUUUCUGCAUUGACAACGAGGCCCUUUACGACAUCUGUUUCCGUACCCUAAAACUGACCACACCAACUUAUGGGGAUCUCAACCACUUGGUCUCCUUGACUAUGAGCGGUGUCACAACCUCUCUCAGAUUUCCAGGACAGCUCAAUGCUGACCUGAGGAAGUUGGCUGUCAACAUGGUGCCCUUCCCCCGUCUCCACUUCUUCAUGCCAGGCUUCGCCCCACUGACACCUCGGGGUAGCCAGCAGUACAGAGCUCUCACUGUACCUGAACUUACCCAGCAGAUGUUCGACGCUCGCAACAUGAUGGCGGCAUGUGACCCACGGCGAGGGCGCUACCUCACAGUAGCUGGUGUUUUUCGAGGUAGGAUGUCCACCAAAGAGGUGGAUGAGCAGAUGCUCGCAAUGCAACAGAAAAACAGUGCUUACUUUGUUGAUUGGAUCCCCCAUAAUGUGAAGGUGGCUGUGUGUGAUAUCCCUCCUCGAGGUCUAAAAAUGGCUUCCACAUUCAUUGGAAACAACACAGCAAUUCAGGAGAUAUUCCGUCGGGUGGGCGAGCAGUUCUCCCUCAUGUUCAGACGGAAGGCGUUCCUCCACUGGUACACAGGAGAGGGUAUGGAUGAAAUGGAGUUCACAGAAGCUGAGAGUAACCUCAACGACCUGGUGGCAGAGUACCAGCAGUACCAAGAUGCAACUGCUGAUCUAGAUUGGGAAGCAGAAGAAGAAGACGAGGAGGAAGGACCCUCGUCUGCAAGGAUCACAAAGGUUCAGUCUCGGACGGAAACCAAACUGGAAACAGUGGUAGAAACCAACAAAGAAACUGUAGAUGAGUAGUGUGGAUGGGGUAUACAGCUUCAGACAUAAGGACUCUUUGGGCAGGAAUUGAGAUGAUGUAUGUAUAGUGAAUUUCUUUGGAAACAAUUUUUUUAUUUUAACCUGUUUUACUUGUAUUUUUUUUUWGUCAUUUUAUUUUUAUUUUUACCUUUUACUGGAUUCAGGGCUUUGAUGGCUAUGUUUUGGGCUUUUGAUCUUUUGAAAAAAUCUUUCAGCACUUAUUUGAAAUAAAUAUCUUAGACAUGUAAUGCCAACAGCAGACCCAUGAUUAACUAGGCAGAUUUGCCUUUUAGAUGGCCUGCGAAUGCUUCAGAUGUAUAUAGAGGGUGAUUUAAAGGAGRCUUCUGUGAGGGGAAUCUCAGCCCAGGCUCCUCCAGAAGACAGAUAGGUCAUAGUAUUAAAAAAAAUAUAAUCACAAGGUUGACUAAUAGAGGACUAAUAGACAAACCUUUUAAUAACAUGACAAUUAGCCACGGUUGUAAGCAUGCAAUUUAAAGCUAUGUUUACAUUUACUACUGCUUCUUUGCAUAUUUGUUUYRAGAUUUAACAAGUCAAUUUACACACUAAUUACUCUAAUUACUGCUGGGAUUUUAUUUUACCCCACUAAAYUAAUCUAAGAGUAAUUUAUAUCCAUGCAGUCUGGAUUCCUCAUGCACGUGUUCAUUAUGCCUCUCUUUUAAAAAGCUUUUUAGCCAUACACAAAUUGUAUUCGUAACAUAAACAAUUCUUUGGAAAGAGGGAAAUGGUGCCACACCCAGAAACAGUCCUUUCAUAACUGCCCCUUAUGUGGAACUCCAGUUGUAUAAUUGCAUAGCUAGAGCUAAUUAAUGCUAAGCACUUACUUUUAUUAUUGCAUAAACUGUUGGAAACUGAGUUGGGAGAUUGAAAGAGCAAUAAAAAUUUCAGUGAUCUUGUCAGCAAAAUGAAUAAGCUUUAAUUYAGCAUGUUGCAGUUUGCAUUUCUGUUUCUCACAGGUGAAGUCAUUCUGCAAAGCAAUAAGCCAUAGUGAAACAUUAUAUAAUAAGUAUACCAUUCAUCCUGUUUGUAGUCUGAAAUGUCAUGAUGUCUAGUGGUGCACAUCAUGUUACAGUUUAUAGUAAACAACUACUCCAUGGGUGCAGUAGAGGUCAAAGCAGAAAACCAAUAAGAUUCUAUCCAGCUAUUUGUUCUUGUAUAAAUGUCUUUGUGUUUGUGGUACUWUUGUAAAAUGAAACCCGUGGCUCACUGAUUCAGAAUAAUGAUUAUAAUAUGUAUUAGUUUAUGAAGAGUGAAUAAUAUAGCAUUCUUUCUUCUCAUUCCAGGGGCUGUAUUAUAUUUUAAUGCAUUUAUUUAAAAAAAACUAUUAAGUGGAAAAAAGAAGCAUGCAUUGUGGGUAUGUUAGACUAUGUCAGCCCUGUAUGCAAAAGUACUUUUUAAAUAAUGCAGACCAUGUUUUUGUAUUUUUAAACAAAUGUUCUAGUUGAUUUAUUUCUCUUUGAAAUAUUGAAUUUAUUUGUACAUGUCUAAAUKAAAUAUAUUUUCAGCAUUUCUGUGUAAUCCAUAACUUUAAACAAUGUUUCGUUUUUGUGUAUGAUAAAAGGAACAUGUAUUAAAAGCUUUUUCAAAA